UACAGGGAGAAGGACAUCCGUGCGCUUCAAGGUUUUUUGCUCAAAGGAUUUAUUGCCAAAGCAAAGUUCACGAAAUAAAGAAGACUUUGGAUGAUAGGAAGGAAUCAUGCGGAAUGUAGAAAGUGGCUCAGGUGCUAAUGGACUAAAAAGACAGGUUGUUGAGAGCCUGAUUCCUCAGAAGAAGCCUUUGUUUCACCUCUGCUUCAAGUUCCUGCUUGGCCUAGGGCUCCUCAUCAUGUGCUACACUCUGUCCAGUGGCUCUCUGUCAUGGAAGACGUUUCCAUUUCAAGGGCAUUACAACCGUCUCCUCAAUUGGAACAAUCUUUCAAAACUCAAAGUUAACCUUAGUGAAAUCAAAGAAACCACCCAAUCCCCCACUGCACUUCCUACUGUAGCCCCUACAGGUAUUCAGUACCACCAAGCCUACCCACGCAACUACCACUUCAUUAUGGAUAACCCAGAGGUGUGCAAAACCAAAACCCCUUUCCUGGUCUUGAUGGUUCCAGUUGCACCAAGAAACGUAGAAGCCCGGGAUGCCAUCCGGCAGACAUGGGGCAACCGCAGCCUGGUUCAGGGGCAAGUGGUGAUCACUCUCUUCAUGUUGGGACUCUCUGGAGACGCAGAUGUGCAGCAGCAAGAGAAGAUCCAACAGGAGAACCUUCAGCACCACGACCUGAUCCAGAGUAACUUCAUGGACACCUACCUCAAUCUGACUAUCAAAACCAUGGUGAUCAUGGACUGGCUGGCUACCCGCUGCCCGACAGCAGCAUACGCCAUGAAAAUCGACUCAGACAUGUUCUUGAACAUUGACAAUCUGGUGAUUAUGCUGUGUACGCCAGGUAUGCCCCAGGUGAACUACCUGACAGGGAUGCUUAUGUGGGACAGGCCAGUUGUCCGUUCAAAGGACUCCAAGUGGUACGUCUCUGAGGAGUUGUACCCAGACCCCUCGUACCCGACCUACACCUUGGGCAUGGGAUAUGUCUUCUCAAAUGAUCUUCCAAAGAAAUAUGUGGAAAUCUCAAAACUAAUAAAACCCUUUAACAUAGAGGAUGCCUACAUUGGCAUGUGCAUGAAAAAGCUAGGACUUGCACCCACAUCACCACCAAAUCCCUCCCAGUUCAAGGCCUAUAACCAGAGAUACGACCGCUGUGAAUACUCACAGAUCAUCACCUACAUCCUUGGUUCUGCUCAAGAGUUGAUAAAUUACUGGACAGACUUGAAAAGGCCUGAACCACCUUGUUAGGACACUGACUACUACAAAUACACAUUCACUUGAAGGGGUUGGAUAGCAGAGUUCUGGGAAUUGUAAUUCUUUUACCUUAGGUCUGAAAGGUGAACACGCCAAAUUUUAAGUGAAUACAGAAGUUUCUAAACAACUGCAGUUAAUAAGUAUUUGCAUUUAUUUGCUUUGGUGAAUUUAAAACUUCCCAAAAAAAAUAUUAUGAAGGAUAUGUGUAUUUAUUUUUUUUAUAAUAUGGGUGGAAGUGGAACUGUAAUCAGGAUUAUUGGAACCCUGAGGACCUUUUUGAUAAGAUGGGUGCUGUAUUGUUUAUGUUAAGCGUAUUGACUGGACAGGUGAACCCAGGUGCAGACACGGACAAGGAGACAGGAGUAGGGAAAGGUAUUUUAUUGCCAGGCUGCAGCUGGUGAGGCUCUGCUCUGACGCCGGUGCACCUGCAGGUAAUCAAACACAGGAGAACCACUAGCAGUUCCCAGAACUAGAGGUAGAGGGCAUGGUAGGAGCAGUUGGAGGGGCAGAUGGAACCGUUUAUGCUGUAGUUGUAUGCACAACAAGGUGCAUGAACAUAAAUUAUUUGUAUAGAUAUAAUGCAACAUGAAAUAAGUGUUGCAAUGGGUCAAAACCACUCAAAUGAAAGUUUCAGAUUCAGAAAGGCUCUCAGUAGAGUGCAUACCUCCGCCAACGCCCAGUCUCCUUAUGAAACCUAAUUUUAAUUCCCUGGAUCUUGAUUGUUAUGUGGGUUUUCACCAAAACACACACAAUGUUAAAUAUCUUAUCAAAUAAAAGUGAUAGAUUUUUUUCAUCAAGAUCGAUAAAUUAAUCUUUGGGCAAAUGGUACAAAAGUAAAAAGCAAACACUCCUUGGCGGAGGUAAUUUAAAAAAGACUGGAAAUAUCGAGAGGUGUUAAAAGCUUUAAACUUGUUUACAAAAUAUUGAAUGUUACAAUUAAUACUUCUCAGGAUACUUUUUGAAUAAAAGAAGCCAUUAGUAACUGACAGACUGAUUAUUAUAAUGACAAUGAUUUCCAUUUUUGUUUAGCUCAC